AUCCUUACUGUUCACAAAUCCGGCCCCUUUUUGGUCCCUCCGUUAAAUUUUGGCUUACAUGGCAUGUUAACUAACGGAAAAUUUUUUUUUUCUUUACUUAAAUUACGUGUGAAAUCCAUUAGGCAAAACUUGAUGACAUGGCCAAAUUUUUUAUUUUUAAUUACCAAUAUACCCUCAUUUUCUUCCCCCAUCCUCUCCUUCUUUCAGCCUUUUAUUUCUUUCUUUUUUUUCUUUUUUUUUCUUACCUUUGCGAUGAACCCAGCUGGUGGGUUCGUCGCAAUGAACCCAGCUGGUGGGUUCGUCGCGAUGAACCCAGCUCGUGGGUUCGUCGCAACGAACCCAGGAGCGUGGAUUCGCGACGGCAUUUCAAGCGUGGAAAAAUGCGCGAGCUGGGUUCAUUGCCAACCCAAUCACAUGAGCUGGGUUCAUUGUGAACCCAGUCGCGCAAGCUGGGUUCAUCCUGGGUUCGCGAUGAAUCCAGGCGCCUGGGUUCAUCACAAACCCGCGAGUUGGGUUCGCCUGAAGAACCCAGAAAUCUCUCCCUCUCUGCAGAAACCCAGAUCUGGUCGGUUCUCCCCUCCCCUGUCUGUGAGCUGCAGCUUGUGGGUGGGUGAUUUUUGGGCAUGUUUUCGCCGUGAGUUUCCUUCCUUCCAUGCCGUCGGUCUUCCCUCCACCAAGUCCGGUUUUGCUUGCUGGAAAAUUGUGGGUAAGUUGACAGCUCCUCCAAGCUUGAAUUUCAUCAAUUGUUUGCUGCCUUGUGUGUCCGAAUUGUGUUGGAAAAAUGGGGAAAUUCCGAUUGUUGUGAUUUUUGGAGAAAAAUCCCGUGAAUUAGCUAGUGGUUUGCCAAUUUUGGAAGUUGGAGUUAGUGUUCAUGUUGUGGUCACUGUUCAUUGCACUGUUCACAGUGGGAGGUUUAUAACACUGGCCGUGACCUAUAGAGGAGACGUCUAUUUCGUUCCCGUACUGUAUCCGUUUUUCAUGAUUGCACUUGUUGGCAUGCUUUAAGUUUGAUAAGGGGCACUCCAUAUUUUACUUACUGAGUUUAUCUCAUAGUUUUUCCUUAUCCACCAUUUCAGGAAGUGAAACCGAGGACGGGGAAACCACGGGAAGUGACAAGUUAGAAGGCUAGCCAUAUUGUAAUUGGAUAUGAAAUUUUAGAAACAAAUCAUGAUCUUGUAUUUGGAGACUUUAUUGGAGAUUAAUGAUAUGAGAGCAAAUUAUAAAAUUUGAUCUUCAGA